UGGCGCCAAAAUGGAGGACGGCUGAAUAGUUUCAUAACCCCCGUGUAGGAGGAGGAGGAGCUUGGUUUUCUGGAAGCUCAGUGGAGCUGCACGUCCAGGGCAGGCACACGGGCGACGGAGUGGAGCCGGAAAAGGCGACAGUUGAGGGGGGGAAAAAAACACAAACCAACGGCUGUAAAAGUGUCGCCGAGCCGAGGAGAAAGAGACGGAGAGUGGAGCUGCUGAAUUGUUCCUGAAUAUUUGAAUCCGCACGUCAGUUACACGCGACAGGAGGGCUGUUUGUGUGCCUCCCUUUAAAAACAAGAAAGAGUGAAAGGCUGCUCGGGAAGUGAAGAUCACUGUAACCCACCUGGAUCCUCGCUGUAACCCGAGCCUGAUGCACUAAGGUCCGCCGGGUCUGUCUCCCCUCUGUGAGCACUUUAAACCCAGUGUAACAGGAGCAGACACCAGCGGAGGAGUUUACGAUAAUGUUGGUUUGACAGCCACGUAUGGUUUGCUUUUUGACACGGGAGUACGAUACCGGGAAGCAGUGGGAAAGGCGGGGCCGAACCGGCGGACUCCCAAACUGGAUUAUUGAGCUCCCCCUGUGCCGAUUCACCCACAGCGACGCAGCGUUAUUGGGGGGCGGGGGGUCGACGAAGGAGGCAACAACUGGAAUUUAGAACCCUUUCUUUGGAACUCUUUAACGGCUACCCUGCUGCGGACGGCACGAGCGGGGUUUUGUCAGUUCUUUCUGUCAAACGGCCAGCUGCUUGUGGCCUCCGUUCACCUAGUUUAUUUAGGAGCACCAUCAGGUUUGGGACGCAUAUUUUGGGGAUAAUUUUCCCCCCAGCCGGGGUCGGACUAUGGCGGACGACGACAUUCUCUUUGAAGAUGUGUACGAGCUCUGCGAGGUCAUUGGCAAGGGCCCCUUCAGCGUGGUGAGGAGAUGCAUCAACAGAGAGACGGGGCAGCAGUUCGCUGUCAAAAUCGUGGAUGUGGCCCAGUUCACCUCCAGUCCUGGACUCAGCACGGAGGAUCUGAAGAGGGAGGCCAGCAUCUGCCACAUGCUGAAGCACCCCCACAUCGUGGAGCUGCUGGAGACGUACAGCUCCGACGGGAUGCUCUACAUGGUUUUCGAGUUUAUGGACGGAGCAGACUUGUGUUUUGAGAUCGUGAAGAGGGCAGACGCUGGCUUUGUCUACAGCGAAGCAGUCGCCAGUCACUACAUGAGACAGAUCCUCGAGGCGCUACGCUAUUGCCACGACAACAAUGUCAUCCACCGAGAUGUCAAGCCUCACUGCGUGCUGCUGGCGUCCAAAGAGAACUCGGCUCCGGUGAAGUUGGGCGGCUUUGGAGUCGCCAUCCAGCUCGGGGAGUCGGGACUGGUGGCCGGAGGUCGGGUAGGAACUCCCCACUUCAUGGCCCCGGAGGUGGUGAAGAGAGAGCCGUACGGUAAACCUGUGGACGUGUGGGGCUGCGGAGUCAUCCUCUUCAUCCUCCUCUCAGGCUGCCUGCCUUUCUACGGCACCAAGGAGCGUCUGUUCGAAGCCAUCUGCAGGGGCAAAUACAAGAUGAAUCCGCGGCAAUGGGCCCAAAUCUCAGAGAGCGCUAAGGAUCUGGUGAGGCGCAUGCUGAUGCUGGACCCCGCUGAGAGGAUCACCGUCUACGAGGCUCUUAACCACCCCUGGCUGAAGGAGAGGGACCGAUACGCGUACAAAAUCCACCUGCCAGAGACCGUGGAGCAGCUGAGAAAGUUCAACUCCAGGAGGAAGCUCAAGGGGGCGGUUCUGGCUGCAGUGUCUAGUCACAAGUUUAAUUCCUUCUAUGGAGACCCCCCCGAGGAACUGCAUGACUUCUCCGAAGACCCCACCUCCUCAGGACUGCUAGCAGCAGAACGGGCUGUGUCUCAGGUGUUGGACAGUUUAGAGGAGAUCCACGCUCUGACAGACUGCAGUGAAAAGGAUCUAGAUUUCCUUCACAGUGUUUUCCAGGACCAGCAUUUACACACACUGCUCGAUCUCUACGAUAAGAUCAACACCAAGUCGUCUCCACAGAUCAGGAGCCCCCCCAGUGAUGCUGUGCAGAGAGCCAAAGAGAAUUCCUCCCAAGACGAAGCAAGUGGCGCUUUGAAACAUCUGGAAUAUGUACUGGAAGAGAUCUCCUGCUACCCAGAGAACCACGAAGCUAAGGAACUCAGACGGAUACUGACCCAGCCUCAUUUCAUGGCCUUGCUGCAGGCCCACGACGUGGUGGCCCACGAGGUUUACAGCGACGAGGCUCUGAGGGUGACGCCCCCUCCCACCUCGCCCUACCUGAACGGAGACUCGCCCGAGAGCGCCAACGGAGACAUGGACCUGGAGAACGUCACCAGGGUGCGCCUGGUCCAGUUCCAGAAGAACACCGAUGAGCCAAUGGGCAUCACGCUGAAGAUGAACGAGUCAAACCACUGCAUCGUAGCGAGGAUAAUGCACGGGGGGAUGAUCCACAGACAAGGAACGUUGCACGUAGGAGACGAGAUCAGGGAGAUCAACAGCAUCAGCGUGGCCAACCAGACUGUUGAGCAGCUGCAGAAGAUGCUGAGGGAGAUGCGAGGCAGCAUCACCUUCAAAAUAGUGCCAAGUUACCGGACGCAGGGCUCCUCGUGUGAGAAAGAGUCCCCCAACACCUCCACCAGGCAGUCCCCUGCCAACGGCCACUCCAGCAUUAACAGUUCUAUCUUGGACCUGCCGUCCACCAUUCAGCCCAAGGGUCGACAGAUUGUAUCCAGACCUCCAAUCAAGGACAAAAUGUCUGUAAAGAUCUACGUGAGGGCUCAGUUUGAAUACGACCCCUCCAAAGACGAACUCAUCCCCUGCAAGGAGGCCGGCAUUCGCUUCCAGGUGGGCGACAUCAUCCAGAUCAUCUCCAAGGACGACCACAACUGGUGGCAGGGCAAACUGGAGAACACCAAGAAUGGCACGGCAGGCCUCAUCCCGUCGCCAGAGCUGCAGGAGUGGCGAGUGGCGUGUAUAGCCAUGGAGAAGACCAAGCAGGAGCAGCAGGCCAGCUGCACCUGGUUUGGCAAGAAGAAGAAGCAGUACAAAGACAAGUAUUUGGCAAAGCACAACGCAGUGUUCGACCAACUAGACCUCGUCACGUAUGAAGAGGUUGUGAAGCUUCCUGCUUUCAAGAGGAAAACACUAGUUUUGUUAGGGGCCCAUGGAGUGGGCAGAAGACACAUCAAGAACACACUCAUCACCAAACACCCCGACAGAUUCGCCUACCCCAUCCCACACACAACCAGACCUCCGAAGAAGGACGAGGAGAACGGGAAGAACUACUACUUUGUCUCCCACGACCAGAUGAUGCAGGACAUCAGCAACAACGAGUACCUGGAGUACGGCAGCCACGAGGACGCCAUGUACGGCACGCGGCUGGAGACCAUCCGGAAGAUCCACCAACAGGGACACAUAGCUAUCCUGGACGUGGAACCUCAGGCCCUGAAGGUCCUGCGGACAGCAGAGUUUGCACCGUACGUCGUCUUUAUUGCCGCACCAACUAUCACGCCGGGCAUCAACGAGACGCCCAGGUGGUGUCGAACGCUGCCAGACGAGUCCCUCCAGCGUCUGCAGAAGGAGUCCGAGAUCCUGCAGACGACCUACGCCCACUACUUCGACCAGACCAUCAUCAACAACGAGAUCGACGAGACCAUCAGGCACCUGGAGGAGGCCAUCGAUCUGGUGUGCACCACCAGCCAGUGGGUCCCCGUGUCCUGGGUCUACUGACCGACGCCUCGCAGCUACAACGCCCUCGGACAAACUCCCCAAAUACACACACAGAUGAACUAUUAACUGAAAACCCAUGGGACCCCUUCUCUCUCUUUCAUACGCGUUUCUGUGGAAGCGGCCGCAAAACAUUCAACAGAAAUCCUCCCCCGAAACGCCGCACACACAACCUGCAGCGGACAAAACUACCAGACCCUCGCCCUGACAGACGACCUAGUCAUAGUGAUGUAUAAAAAAAAAACAGAGUUUAAACAAAAGUGCAUAUUGUCAU